GGAAGUAGUUAGGCAAAUAUAGUUUGAGAGAUCAACAAUCAAUACUCAGAUUAAUAGAGAUAUACAAGGGGAAAAAAAAACUCUGAGAAAUCUUGAUCUGAUCCCAAUAAUUAGUGCUUAUAAAUUGGCUAGAAAGAUGGCAGGAGGAGGUUUUGUAAGUGAUCAAGGUGGAAGGACGGUCGACUAUGCAGGCGGCAUUACUGCCUUUGUGGUGGUCACUUGUGUGGUUGCUGCAAUGGGUGGCCUCAUCUUUGGCUAUGACAUUGGAAUCUCAGGAGGGGUAACUUCAAUGGAACACUUUUUAAGAAAGUUCUUCCCUUCCGUCUACAGAAAAAUGAUGGACGAAACAGCUCGUGAAAGUGAAUACUGCAAGUUUGAUAGCGAGCUGCUCACAUUGUUCACCUCUUCCCUUUACGUUGCAGCAUUAAUAGCUUCCUUCUUUGCUUCUGCUGUUACGAGGGCUUUCGGCCGAAAAAUGUCCAUGUUUUUUGGAGGCUUGGUUUUCUUGUUUGGUUCUAUCCUAAACGGCGCAGCCAUCAACAUUGAAAUGCUUAUCAUUGGUCGCUUAUUACUUGGUGUCGGUGUUGGAUUCGCUAAUCAGUCGGUCCCAGUUUAUCUUUCAGAAAUGGCGCCAGCGAAGAUCAGAGGAGCACUCAACAUUGGUUUCCAGAUGGCCAUUACAAUUGGGAUUCUGUUUGCCAAUCUUGUCAAUUAUGGCACUGCCCAAAUCAAGGGAGGAUGGGGUUGGAGAGUUUCUUUAGGUCUUGCAGCUGUCCCUGCAAUAAUGAUGACCGUAGGAUCUGUGUUCCUUCCAGAUACUCCUAAUUCCAUACUCGAGAGAGGCUACACCGACAAGGCAAAGCAGAUGUUACGAAAAAUUCGUGGCACCGACAACGUGGAUGAAGAGUUCAAAGACCUAGUUGAUGCGAGUGAGGCUGCAAAGAAAGUGGAUCAUCCAUGGAAGAACAUCUUGGAGCCCAGAUAUAGACCCCAACUCAUUAUUUGCAUCCUCAUACCCUUCUUCCAACAGCUCACCGGCAUUAACGUCAUCAUGUUUUACGCGCCUGUUCUCUUUAAGACUCUAGGUUUCGGUGACAAUGCUUCACUCAUGUCUGCUGUUAUUACCGGUGUUGUUAAUGUCCUCGCUACUUUUGUUUCCAUCUUCACUGUUGACAAGUUUGGGAGAAGGAUUUUGUUCCUCGAAGGUGGCGCACAGAUGUUUAUAUGCCAGAUUGCUAUAGGAGUUUUGAUAAGUUUGACAUUUGGGGUGAGUGGCGAAGGAACCAUUACAAAAGGCCAAGCAGAUAUGGUUUUGCUCUUAAUAUGCACUUAUGUAGCAGCAUUUGCAUGGUCUUGGGGGCCUUUGGGUUGGUUGGUACCGAGUGAGAUCUGCCCUCUGGAGAUCCGAUCAGCAGGCCAAGCCAUUAACGUAUCAGUCAACAUGCUAUUCACAUUUUUUGUGGCUCAAGUUUUCCUUGCCAUGCUUUGCCACCUCAAGUUUGGUCUCUUCUUUUUCUUCGCUGUCUUUGUGUUCAUAAUGACUAUUUUUGCGUUCUUCUUCAUACCCGAGACGAAGAACAUGCCAAUAGAAGAGAUGAAUAGAGUUUGGAAGGCACACUGGUUCUGGAAGAAGUACAUCCCAGAUGAUGCUGUCAAUAUUAGCCACCGGGACAACUAUUAAUUUCACCUAUGUACGUACAUCGGGCCAGCUAAACACGGAUUUGGAUAUCUUAGAG